AUGGAUUUGAAGUCCCCUCAUGUUCGUACUGAUCCAGUUCCUGUUAACAAGUCAAGGCUUGGAAGGCAUUCUAAUAUGCUAGCAUAUUCCCAGCAAGAUUCACCACACUCUCAUGGGAAGUACUCAAGAAGCAAUUCAAAGAAAAGUAUAGGGAGUCUUGAUGACGUCAGGUCCAAUGGUUGGUUGGAUGCUAUGAAGGCUUCUUCCCCUCCAAGGAAGAAGCUUCUUAAAGGUUUGAGCGCUCAGGUUGCUUCAAUUGAUUAUGACUUUGAAGACUAUUUUUCGUGGAUGCUUGAAUAUCCUUCGGCACUAGACUCUUUUGAAAAAAUCAUUGACCUUGCAAAGGAUAAGAAGAUUGCCAUGUUUCUAGAUUAUGAUGGCACUCUUUCGCCAAUAGUAGAUGAUCCAGAUCGUGCCUUUAUGUCCGAAUCUAUGCGUACAACUGUGAGAAGUGUGGCUAAGUAUUUCCCCACAGCAAUCAUUUCUGGAAGAAGUCGUGACAAGGUUUUCGAUUUAGUUAACCUAACGGAACUCUACUACGCUGGUAGUCAUGGAAUGGACAUUAUUGGCCCUGUUAGUGAUACUUUGUCUAAAAUUCACCCAAAUUGUGUCAAGUCUUCUGACCAACAGGGAAAGGAGAUAACUCUCUUUCAACCUGCAAGAGAAUUCCUACCUAUGAUUGAUGAGGUUUUUAGAACCCUCGUCGAGAUUACUAAAGAUAUAGAAGGAGCAAAAGUUGAAAAUCACAAGUUUUGUGUUUCUGUACAUUACCGUAAUGUAGAAGAAAGUAAUUGGACAACGAUUGGACAACUUGUCCAUGACAUCUUGAAAAACUAUCCUCGUUUACGUUCAACUCAUGGACGGAAGGUUUUAGAAAUCCGUCCUGUGAUUGACUGGAAUAAAGGAAAAGCUGUUGAAUUUUUAAUUGAAUCUCUAGGGUUAACUGAUAGGAAUGAUGUGUUUCCCAUCUACAUUGGAGAUGAUAAAACUGAUGAAGAUGCAUUCAAGGUGCUGCGGGAAAGCAAUCAAGGUUGUGGGAUUUUGGUUUCGUCAGUUAGGAAAGAAAGCAGUGCAAUUUACUCUCUCCGAGACCCCAACGAGGUCAUGAAAUUUCUCCAACUCUUGGUGAAUUGGAAGAGGCAUCAAGAAAGGAAGCAUGGGAAGAAGUAA